CGGUGGCUUCGUUGAUGGUUUGGUUGGUGGGUUGGAGGGAGGCUUGGGGGCUGAGGGGCGCCAGAAACUAUGGAGGAGGAUGAGAGGACUCGGUGGCUUCCGGAGUCUUUUUUUGUUUUUUGUUUUGGGAUAGUUGGUGGAGGACUGGUUCGGUGUUCUGGGCUUGUGGGAGGUCCUAAGGGAACUCGAGGCUUUGGUAGGAGGUUGAGAGAGCGGCUGCUGGAAGUGUCUAAAACCGAAGAUCGGGUUCUCUUUGUAUUCGGUGACUGGGAUCUAUGAAAUAGGAUGAUUUUUUGUUUGUUGUUUGUGUUGGCUGGUUUGUGGAGAAGGUUUAGGUUCUUGUUGGCAUUAAAUAAUGGG